CAUAUACACUGAUAACAUUUAUAAGAUGUUACCAAACAGUUUUCAGUGAGUUACAAUGUGACAUAAAUUUCACCUGUUUACUCAAAGUAACUAGAUACAAAUCAGUAUAUCAGGUAGUGUCUACAAAUGAAUACUGGCCAGAAAAGCAAAGAGAAUGUCCACUCAAGAUAAUUUUCAACAAACAGUCAACGAAGAAAAUAACAGAGAGCAUCACACACAAUCAGAAGGACAUGUUACCAAUGGAAAUCAAGUCAUAGAAGCCAUCACACCAACAGAGGGAUAUGUUAUCAAUGAAACUGAACAAGUCAAUGAAGAUUUUCAUCAUGCUGCACCAGAGUUUCACAUGCCUGUAUAUUCUGAGAGGACCACUAUAACUAUCCAGCCUCGAAGAACAGAUGAUGACCGUGUCCCAAUGCCAGUGUCUUCAGCAAACUGGCAAACUACCAGCUUCACACAUUUCAUACCACUGUCAGGACUUGACUUCUUAACUGUAGCUGAUCAGCUGAUUAUACAGCAAACUGUUGAAUUACAAGACAUUUUGGCAACUGUUGAGUCUGAAAAUCGUUAUCUUGUAAAAGUACCACAUGGAGAAAUUCUUUACUAUGCUGCUGAAGCUUCAGGAACAUUACAACGCAUGUUCUGUGGUUCAUCAAGAGGCUUCUACAUGAAAUUAUUUGAUCAGACUCGCCAGCAAGCAAUUUUAUUAAAAAGGAGACUGGCAUGUGCAAACUGCUGUUGUGGCUGUUACCUGCAGGAAAUGAAGCUCUUUACACCAGGAGGUGUACUACUAGGCUCAGUUGAACAGGAAUGGACAUUGAUUAAUCCUUCAUUCGUUGUGCGAGAUUCUGAUGGGAAUAUUGAAUAUGUCAUAGAAGGUCCACAACAUUUCCCAUGCACUAACUAUGAUGGAACAACAUUCAGAGUUCUUAGCCGAGAUGGCCUGACCCAGCUUUCUACAAUUGUUCAUGAAUGGAACAAUUUGACUGGUGAUUUUAACAUAAUAGUGACAUUUCCAACAGAUAAUUUGCAUCCAAAGAUGAAAGCUGUCUUUUUGGGAGCUGGAUUUCUUUUGGAAUAUAUGUUCUUUGAAACAUCAAAACGGACAAACAGGUGUCAGAAAUGGUGCCGAUAAAGGAGAUCAGUUUCUAAUCGCUGUUUCUAUAAACAGCCAAAAGAAAUUAGGCAAAUUAAAGUUUUAUACUGGGUGCUGAUUAUGGAUGUAGUAUGUCAUCUGCAGUGUUUUCAAGAGAAUUAACCUUUUGAAAUUCCUUAAGGGUUUUGGAUCUGUCAUAAGAGAAUCUUUUGUACUUUGUGUAAACAUUGUGUAAACAAACUACAUAUACAAAAUUUUAGAGUGCUUAGAGGGGACAAAAGCAGACACCUUUGUAUGUGGCAACAAUAUCACAGGUGCACCAUUUACUUAGUGAUCAUGCACAAUGGUACCGAUUCUAGUGAUUUUCAGACAUGGUACGCAAAUUGCAUAUGAUGAAUAUUGUGUUAAGGAUAUUGCCGAAAACAGCAUCCACUUACAUUAAUGCAUAUCUGGUAUCUCCAUGCUAAUGGUUGUCUAAAAUAAUAAAAAGAUAGGCAUUUCAUGAAUAAUGACUGCAGCUUCAGUGAAGUGGAUGAUCAUCUCAUCUGGAGUGUGUAUUGAAGUGCUGUACACUAUACACUUCACCUCUCCCCACAUAAAGAAAUCAUAAGGAGCACGCCAACAUUUCUAAAAAAUAAUAUUCAUCACAUUUCAGUUUAAUACUAUCUCUGAACAUCACUGGUGUCAAAACCUUUACUGAUACCUAGCAGAGAAAUGGCACACCUGUGACAUAUGUGUUAUAUAAAGAAAGUGUUCUUUUUGCGGCCUCUAAAGAACCUAAAACUUGAUGUACAGAGAUUUUUUUACAUCCUAUAUAUCUGGAACAACUCAAAGAAACAGUUAUAAAAUUCUAAUUUACUACAUUACAUAUACAACCAAUAUAUUAAGAGUUUUGCUUGGUAUCUAAGCAGUGUAUGUAGAAGUUUGUGUAAUACUCAGAUUUGUAGGGGAAGAUACUCUUAUUUUGUGUGAUUUAUAUGGUAUUUUAUAAGAAAUAUGUUUCUCUCCCAAUGAGUGAGGUGUCUAAAUAAAGUAUAUAUCAGUAAAAACUAAUUAUCAAAGGUAAAAUAUAAUCUCAUGACACAGAUCAAUGUGAAUUAAACUCAGUGGAAAGUUGAGAAUACCAUCAUUUAAGCAUAAAUUCUGACCAGUAAAUAAUUUUUUUAUCUGGUUUAAUGAUAGACAUAAUAUGAGGCUAUGUUAUCAUAAGGAUAUUAUUUAAAUUAGAUGACUUUGCUGUACCUGUCACUGUGUACAUUAAACAGUUAUAGCAUCAGCAUCAUCAUCAGUAUGCCAAAAAAAUGUAAAAUUUUAGCUUGUAUGGCACACAGAAAAGAAAUAAGCAAUAUCAGAAUUUUCCAUCCUGUUUAAAUUAAGGCCAUUACAAAUUUGACACUAUCUCAGAUUAUCAAGUGCCUGGAAUUUUACCUGAGCCACUUUGAAGGAUCUAUCCCAGCAUGUAUGUAAGAAAAUGUAAAUCAGUAUAUUUAACUGGUUAUUUGAACACUGGCACCUGUCCCUUGUUUCCUCUUCAAUCACUAUUGCCACAACCACCCAGAGAAGGAAAAAAAGAUACUAAAAAGUAGAGGCAGAAAAAUGGUCAUACAAAUGGUUUUGCUGAAGAAUAGGAUCAUGUUAUAAUGCCUGUGUAGAAAGGAAGACAAAUUUGUACUCUUUAAUAUUCGUGUUUUUUAGGAGCUAUAUUAUUUUAUUGACACACAAAACCACUGAAACCAUUGCUUUUGUAAAUGAACAGCAACUAAAACUUUAGCAAAAAUUUUGCGAUAGUGAGUUCACACAACAAAAGGAUUUCACUUGUGUUCCAAUGGAUACAUCACUUAUUGACACAGUGAAUUACACAUUUUCAUUUCUUACAGUAAUUGAGUGUGUGUUCUGCUGGUAUAUUAGACUACUUCUACAAGCAACAAUACAAAUAAAGAAUUAUGUGCAUACAUUGCACAGUUUAGAUAUGCUGCAAAACAAGAUGAGAAAAAGAUAGUCAAAAAGAGAGCAGAAAUGAUAUAUGUGUUCAGUACUGAUAAUCAACUGUAUUUGUAAAGCUAUGCAUCGAAAGUUUCAUAUCUUUUCUUAGCUAAUGGCUUAAGUUUUGUCACAAGAAACACUUCUUCUUAAAAUAUGUGUGUACUGUUGUGUGUUGUGGAUAUGAAAUAACGCCAUAUGUAUUUCAUAUACUAGCCACUAAUGUAAACAAAGUCUGAGUUACUAAGACUGUAAUAUCAAAUCAUUGUGGUGAAAUAAAUUCUUUCUUGCCUUCCUAGAAGACUAUACCUUCUGAAGGAGCAAUGUAAAAGUAAAUCAGUAUAUUUAAGUCGUUAUUUGAGCACUGGUACCUGUUCCUCACUUCCUCUUCAAUCACUAUCACCACCACCACCCAGAGAAGAAAAAAAAGGUACUAAAAAUAUAGGCAGAAAAAUGCUCAUAAAGAUGGUUUUGGUGGAGAAUAGGAUCAUGUUAUAAUGCCUGUUCAGCAUGGAAGAGAAAUUUGUACUCUUUAAUAUUAGUGUUUUUAGGAGCUAUAUAGUUUCAUUGACAUACAAAACCACUGAAACCAUUGCUUUCAUGAAUGGACAACUAAAACUUUAGAAAAAAUUCUGUCAUAGUGAGCGACACAGCAAAAGGAUUUCAAUUGUGUUCCAAUGGGUACACCACUUAUUGACACAAUAAAUUGCACAUUUUCAUUUCUUGCAGUAACUGAGUGUCUAUUCUGUUGGUAUAUCAGACUACGUCUACAAGCAACAAUACAAAUUCUAAUACUAUGUCCAAACUUGUAGUCAAAUUAAUUUCAUUUCAUUUAUUCAUCCUUGGAAAAAUUUCAUUGCAUGAGUGGUGUCAUUAUAAAUACAUAUAUGCAUUAUUUAUAAUAGAGGUACAUAAUGGAGGUAUAAAGGAAAAACAGCAUAUCCACAUACAGAAUUCAUGAGACACACACACAUAUAGGUGUUAUUUGUCACUGAAGUAUAUGAGGCAAGAUUAAAAUAACAGAAAGCCUAAUUGUAAUAACAGUUUUCAGUAACUUGUGCUACUUGUGCAAAUGCAGAGAUAUAGUAUAGUGCAUAAAUAUUCUGAGUCUCUACUUUUCUAUUAUGUGUCCUUUGAUGGUGCUUUUUUUCUCUGAUUACUCCUUGCUUUUUAUUGGUAACAUAACUAGUGCUACAAACAGCACACAGUUUGUAAUUAAUGUAUGUGGAAUAAAUCUGUAUUAACCUACAGACACAAGGUGAUGCCAACAUAAUAGGAAUACAUAAGUACUACUGUGCUGGCUUCAAGGUUCCAAAUCACAUCGGAGCAUAAAUUUGUGCUGCUUGUGUGACAGCCACAUUGGGUUUAUUUUCACACACAAAUGAAUACUUCAACAUCAAUUACCAAGCUAGACUAGAUUAAUGGGAUGAUUUUAAGAGUCAUGACAAAACCACCACUCUUCUGGCAUUGCUGUCCACUACUGCGGUUUGUGGAGCUUGGGAGCCAGUUCAUUUUAGUGAAAAUUUUGACCAGAUGAAAUGAAGUACAGUUACAUGGUUGCAGCACUAAUGGAAAACUUGGCCGCCAAGGUGCAAGAUAUCCUCACACCUCUAGAAGUGGAAUGAUAUGCUGCUAUGUAGAGUGUUCUGAUUAUGCACCUGUCUCAGUCAGAAGCAGAGUGACUGACAAACUUCUACAGACAGAAGAACUAGGAGACCACACUCCAUUGCACCUCCCACUUGCUUGCUUGCUACUUGUAGUUGAGUCAGAACACAUCACGAAAUCUUUCACCUGACAUAACAUCUGAUAUAUAUACCUCUUUCCAUUAAUCCAGUCACCAUAAUUGAUUCUCUUAAGUAGAGGUCCAGUUAAUCAGUGUCUCUGAAAUCCCAGUAUAACUGAGGAAAGGUUUGACUUCUUCACUUUCUGCAGCUGUUGCUGGAGCAAAAGAAGAUAUCUUCUACUCAAAACAUGAAAUGCACACAUGCUGCAAUACUUUUACAAACAAAUAUUUCCUUGAAUGGGUGUGCUGAUCAUUAGUGUGACUCAAAAAUGUGAGUAGAACACAGGUUAACAUCAUAACAGGACAUCCUCCUCUAGCAUUACUUUUCCUCAACAGUAGUUGUAAAUAUCAGUAUUAUUUUCCAAAUUUUGGACAGGUCAAUAUUAUAU